AGACCAGGUCACGUGACUAAGGGACCUGGCGAAACUGUCGGUUGAGAAGUUCAUGUUGCCAACGGUGGCCUGACCUGUAAAGCUCAGGAUGCUCCGUGUUUUAUGGCUGUUCGCCGCCCUGGACGCGGUGCUGCUGCUGGACACAGGCAUGCUGUUUCCGCGGGAGUCCUCCUCCAGAGAGCUGAAGGAGCUGAACGGGCUUUGGGCUUUCAGGGCUGACAGAUCCCCUAACAGGAACCAGGGCUUCGAAAGCGCUUGGUACAAAAGUCGACUGGCAGAGACCGGCCCUGUGAUCGACAUGCCGGUUCCUGCCAGCUACAACGACAUCACUCAAGACCCCACACUGAGGGAUUUCAUUGGCUGGGUGUGGUACGAGCGCGAGGUGACGGUGCCCACCCGCUGGAUCACCGAUGACGGCCUGCGAGUGGUCCUCAGAGUGGGGAGCGCUCACUAUUACUCUGUAGUGUGGGUGAAUGGUGUGAAGGUGACUGAACACGAGGGCGGGCAUCUGCCGUUUGAGGCAGAAAUAGGCACCUUACUCCGUAAAGACCCAACCAUGCCCUGCAGGAUCACCAUCGCUGUGAACAACACUCUGGAUCUGCACACACUCCCUCCAGGCACCAUCCAGUACAUGACUGACCGUACGAGGUAUCCUGCUGGGUUCUUUGUUCAGAACACCAAUUUUGAUUUCUUCAACUAUGCCGGGAUACACCGUCCAGUCCUGCUGUAUACCACUCCUAAAGCCUACGUGGAUGACAUCACCGUUGUUACAGAUUUCUUGGACGACACAGGGUUGGUCCGGUACAGUGUGUCAGUCAAAGGAACGACCUCCGCUACGAUGAAGGUGACUUUAAUUGACAAAGGAGGCCACUGCAUUGUUUCCUCCAAUCAAGCUUCUGGAGUGCUCAAAGUGCCAAACGUCAACCUGUGGUGGCCGUACUUGAUGCACGAGAACCCGGGUUAUCUUUACUUGUUGGAGGUUCGCCUGAAGGCUUCUGAUGCGAGCUCAACGUCUGAGGAUGUUUACACGCUACCGGUUGGCAUCCGCACAGUUAACGUCAGCAGCACCCAGUUCUUCAUCAACAACAAGCCGUUCUACUUCCAUGGGGUCAAUAAGCAUGAAGAUGCCGACAUCCGAGGGAAAGGUUUGGACUGGCCCCUAAUCGUCAAGGACUUUAACCUGAUGAAGUGGUUGGGGGCCAACUCGUUCCGCACCAGCCACUACCCCUACGCCGAGGAGAUUCUGCAGAUGUGUGACCGCCAUGGCAUUGUGGUGAUCGAUGAGAGCCCAGGGGUCGGCAUUAAAGACAUUCGCAGUUUUGGAAACGCCUCCCUGACCCACCACCUCGCUGUUAUGGAUGAGCUGGUGCGGCGGGACAAGAACCAUCCCUCCGUGGUCAUGUGGUCUGUAGCCAAUGAGCCCGCUGCAGAGAUGCCCCCUGCUGAGAACUACUUCAAGACGCUGAUAAAGCACACCAAAGCUCUGGACCCUACCCGACCUGUGACCUACAUCACAGACAGUAACUUCUCACGGGACAAAGGAGCUCCCUUUGUGGACGUCAUCUGUGUGAACAGCUACUUCUCCUGGUACCACGACCCCGGCCACGUGGAGGUCAUCCCUCUCCAGCUCAACACUCAGUUUGAGGACUGGUACGGGAAGUACAAGAAGCCCAUCAUCCAGAGCGAGUACGGAGCCGAUGUCGUGCCAGGGCUUCAUAACGACCCCCCGGUGAUGUUUACUGAGGAGUAUCAGAAAGUGGUCCUGCAGCAGUACCACGGCGUGUUCGACCAGAAGAGGAAGAAGUACGUCAUCGGCGAGCUCAUCUGGAACUUUGCUGACUUCAUGACUACACAAGGGAUCACGCGUGUGGUGGGGAACAAGAAGGGGAUCUUUACUCGGCAAAGGCAACCCAAAGCUGCCGCAUUCAUCCUCAAGGAGAGAUACUGGAGACUGGCAAAUGAAACUGGCACCCUGCCCCUCUGGACCAAGUACCCCUGCCCACUGUGAGUGACCAACGCAAGCGUUUAGCCCCGCAGGACAGCUGGAGCCAUACGGAAAAUCAUGUCUAAUCAAAAUGACAUCAAGGUCCUUCUUCUAGUUAAACCAUCCUUUUUUGUGUUUUUCCACCAGUGUCUCUGUGAUUGUAUAAACUGCUGUAUUUCUAAAUAUCUUUAUUGAGUUUUCUUUAAAGAAAACAAAACAAGAACAGGAACAAAGAAAUGCCAGAUACAACAAUAAGAAACGGUUUCAGUUCCCUUUAUUAGCUGCUGGAAUCUACCACUAAGGAGACUUGCAGGCAGGAAUUAUGAGGGAGGAAAAUAAACGGCAACAGUAAUCACAAAAACACAGGAAAGCCUUAAAAUCUGCUUUAAAUAAGGUUCCUGGAUUUGAUUAGAACAUUUCCAGAGGAGAGUGGAACAGGCAAAGCUGCCUUCAUGUUCAAGUCCAAAGACACUGAAGACACUGGACAGAUCCUCCAACAUGCUCAGCCUGUAGCGUUGUGUUUUCACACACAUCCAGAAAAAAAUGAAUGUAUGUGACUUGAUGCAAUCUUUUUAUUACAACUAGGAUCAAUGGCACUGACUUUGAAUCUGAGUGAUUUGACUGAAUGGAUGUUUCUCUUUCCAUAAAGUGCCUCGUGGUUAUAUUCUUUCCAAUUUGGUGCUGUAUUAAAAAAAACGUAAUCGUCAGCUUCACGCUUGCAGUCAGUUUUGUAAUAUGCAAGCGACGCAGGAUUUUUAUAUAGAGCAGAGUUGGCUCAAUUACAGACGGAAGUAGCCGUGGCGUCGGUCCAGAUUUACCCCAGUGAGUCAUCAGUGCUGAUAUCAUAAGAUCUCUCAAAUUCAAAGGCUUUCUACAUUAUUGGGUAAAAGUUGAGACUUUAAACAGAAAUAAAGCAUUUUCUGUAUGUAAUUGGGGCUGUGCGAUUAAUGAUUUAUUUUCUCUACCCCAGCACAAUUGUUGCCAGAGUUGUUGAGCUGUCUGUCAAAUAUAUCAGCUGGAGAUAAUUUUAGCUUUAUAGGUGGGACCAUUAAACUGUCUUCAGCAUAAAGAAACAAUAACUGACUCUCCAAUACUGAUGCAAAAGACUGACUUUGUAAACUUUGUUUUCUGAAGAUUGAAUAAACCAGAACAAAAGUUUGACAAAACUCUUUAGAAAAUUAAGUUAAAUCCAUCAGAAGCUGCCGCUCUAAGAGCAUUUAGGUGAGCAUCUCAUCUAAUGAGCUUCUGAAAAGUGUGUGUUCACUAAUAUUACAUUUUGUAGGUCAUUUUAGCUAAUGUAAACUAGAACAAAAACAAGAUUAUUUUUUUAUUAUAUAUAGGAUGGAGGGGAUCAAGAAAUUAAUCUGAAAUGAAAUGAACGAUGAAAUACCUGCCGUAUUUGGUCUAGAGUUCUUCACGGUAUUGUCACCUGACUCAAACCGUGUUUGCUUUGCAAAUCUAAGAAAAUGAUGUAAAUGUAUUUGGAGAAGCACAAGUCACAGUUGCCUAAGCAAAUCAAGGCUGAGUGUAGACAUGUUGCUCUGAGUCAUGCAGACUAAAUUCAAUGGGUCUGAAUUGCUCCUAUUAGUUAUACUUCCAUUUUUUUUAAGGAUCAAAGAAAAAUGUCUUCAGCUUUGUUGUUCUUCCUGUUCCAUUUGUACUAAAACCUUUUUCAAAUUGAGAUUCAGUUGUGUUGUUUUUGUUAAUUUUCUGAAUCAACCAUAGAUCAGUUUCAUGAUCUGACUGUAGCUUUGCUUAUUUUCCAUCCAUCUGUAUUCAGGGAAUAAACUAUUAGAUCAUUUUCCAUCAAUAUUUUUCUAAUCAGUUUUAUUGCUGGACAAAUGAAUGAUUGGUUCCUCUUUGGACACAGUUUCUGUUGGAAUAUGCCAGUCUAACUUUAUACUGACAAUAAUGUCAUGUUACAGUGCAAGGGAAAAUCUGAUUGUUACGUUUGAUUUCACUAAAUUGAGAGGAAAGAAGUCAUUUUAUGUCUGAAUCACUGCAAUAAAGACGAUAUAAUGGCACUAC